UCAUGUCAUUCUCUGCAACAUCACAUUCAAUCAAAGUGAUCCAAACACAUCCUUUCUGAUCACUACCAAAAACCAUUAUUUCCUUUCUUCUAUUGUUUUGUUUUGUUUUGUCUGAAUUUUGAGACACCUUUCUAUGGCUUUUCCAAGAGUAGUACCAUUCCUGGUGCUGUUAACAAUAUCUACUACGGUUGUGGUUGCCUCUGCUGGCAAUUUCUAUCAAGAUUUUGACGUAACAUGGGGUGAUGGCCGUGGUAAGAUACUAGACAAUGGCAACCUUCUCACUCUUUCCCUUGACAAAGCCUCUGGCUCUGGCUUCCAAUCCAAAAAUGAAUACCUUUUUGGCAAAAUUGAUAUGCAGCUCAAACUUGUCCCUGGAAACUCUGCUGGCACUGUCACUGCCUAUUAUUUAUCUUCAAAAGGAGCAGGUUGGGAUGAGAUUGACUUUGAAUUCUUGGGUAAUUUGAGUGGUGACCCUUACAUCCUUCACACCAAUGUGUUUAGCCAAGGCAAGGGUAAUAGGGAGCAACAAUUCUACCUCUGGUUUGAUCCUACAGCAGAUUUUCACACCUAUUCCAUCCUCUGGAACCCACAACGCAUUGUUUUCUCAGUGGAUGGAACUCCAAUUAGAGAGUUCAAGAACACAGAGGCAAUUAAUGGUGUUCCGUUCCCUAAAAGCCAGGCAAUGAGGAUAUACUCCAGCCUCUGGAAUGCUGAUGAUUGGGCAACGAGGGGAGGGCUUGUUAAAACAGAUUGGAACCAAGCUCCAUUCACAGCUUCUUACAGAAACUUCAAUGCAAACAAUGCCUGUGUUUCUUCCUCUGGAACACCAUCUUGUGGUUCCAAUUCAACCCCUGCUAGCAAUGCUUGGCUCUCAGAAGAGCUAGAUUCAACAAAUCAAUUGAGGCUCAAAUGGGUGCAGAAGAAUUACAUGAUCUAUAAUUACUGCAAUGACUCGCAGAGAUUUCCUCAGGGACUUCCUCCUGAAUGCAAGAUGGCUUAGGUGGAGUGCAAAGUUCCUCUAGAUUGAGAAUUCAAUUUUCCACAACCUCUUGAUACUUUUGUAACUUCUGUACUGAUCAUAUUCUUUAGUUCAUUGUAUAAGUCACAUUAUAAAAUAUAAAGGAUUCAAUAUAAGAUAUGGUUACUUCUUCA